AUGGUGGAGCCGCAGCGGUUCUCGAAGUGGAAGGUCUUAGUUCGAACGCUGGCGUGUGUCUUCAGAUUCAUCACGAAUUGCAAGCUGAAGAGACAGGGAUUGCCGAUUGAAGCAGUUCCGACUAGCGCGGUGUUCGAGAAGGUGGUAAAAAAAGGCGCGCGAUCGAAGAUUGUACCGUUGAAGCGCGAAGAGUACCAAAAGGCAGAGGCGUAUCUUUGGAGGUCGGCUCAGGCUGAUUGCUUUGAAGACGAAGUCAGGACGUUGAAGAAGAACCGACAUCUACCGAUUGAACAGUAUCACCAACUGGAAAGGGCCAGUAGUAUUUACGGUUUGAGCCCGUUUUUGGAUGCCGAGGACGUGCUACGUAUGGAGGGUAGAGCAGCACGAGGAUCGUCGCUGCCAUUCGAACUAAAGUUUCCGAUUAUUCUACCGAAGAAGCAUCCGGUCACUGAUAAGCUGCUUGAUUAUUAUCAUCAACAAGUAGCUCACUGGAACGCGGAGACUGCCGUAAACGUGAUACGCCAACGUUUCUACAUUCAGGGACUGCGCGCAGAGCUGAAACGUAUCGCAAGGGACUGUGUGUGGUGCAAGGUGCACAAAUGUCGACCGACGACCCCCAGAAUGGCUCCACUUCCGGAAUCGCGUGUUACGCCGAAUCUUCCGGCAUUCAGUCAUACCGGCGUAGAUUAUUGCGGGCCUUUGACAGUAACUGUUGGCCGAAGAUCGGAAAAACAAUACAUCUGUCUAUUUCCGUGUAUGACGACGAGAGCAGUACAUCUUGAGGUAGCGCACAGCCUGACGACUCAGGCAUGUCUGAUGGCUAUACGGCGAUUCGUGUGCCGUAGAGGGAAACCGCUAGAGUUCUACUCGGACAACGGUACGAAUUUCCAAGCAGCAAGUAAAGAGAUCAUGCAGCAGAUUGGGACCGAUUGUGAAAACGUGUUUACCGAUUCCAGGACACGCUGGAAUUUCAACCCACCCAGCGCACCUCACAUGGGCGGGGUUUGGGAGCGACUUGUUCGCUCCGUAAAAGCAGCUCUAACUGUAUUCGACGAUGGUCGGUCAUUGACCGAUGAAGUACUCCUGACGACUAUUGCAGAAGCCGAGGACCUGAUCAACUCUCGGCCUUUAACUUAUGUUUCUCUGGAGCCGGAACUAGAAGAAGCAUUGACCCCGAAUCAUUUCAUUCGCGGUGUCGGUGCUAUCAAUGCAGAGUGUUUCAUCCCGUCGACAAGCGAAGCCGAAGCACUCCGUGAUCGAUACAAACGAUCGCAACGACUAGCAGAUAAGCUGUGGAUACGGUGGGUGUCCGAAUACCUGCCGUUGAUCAACCGACGGACGAAGUGGCACUCUGAGGCACCGCCACUAUCCCGUGGCGAAUUGGUGUACAUUACGGACGACGCGAUGCGGAAAAGCUGGGUCCGUGGCGUUGUGACGAAAAUCUACCCGGGAGCGGAUGGCAGAAUCCGUCAGGCGAUGGUAGAGACGACAAAGGGUAAGUUUAGGAGGCCGGUAACAAUUCUUGCGGUGCUCGAAGUGCAGGAUCGUAAAUCCGGUGAUGCUAAUUAG